AUGGUUUUGACCACCAGAACUGUCAUAUCUGCCAUCUUUCGCCGAUCCCGAUACUUCUCCAACACAUCCGUGAGGAUACCCUCGAACGAAGGUCCGUCUUCCCACGUUGAGCUCAAUGGGUGGGUGCAAAAAGCGCAGAAGUGUGGUGGUCAUUUGUUUCUCCAUGUCUCGGACGGAUUAUCUCCUAAAACAACCCAAGUCGUCAUUCCUAAAGACCUUUGUCGAUCAGUGCAUGUUGGUAGCGCGGUUCGUAUCUCUGGCGUUUGGCAACCUAGUUUAGGAUCACAGCAGGAAAGAGAGGUGCUUGCCAAUACGUGUGAGCUAUUUGCAAGUGAUGCAGAUCCGAGGUAUUCGGAUUUGUCUCCUGAUCAACUUCGAAAGAAGAUCCAUCUUCGGACGCGUUCUCCUUCGUUUUCUGCUUUGCUUCGGUUACGCUCGAAGCUGCUUUUCGUAACCCAUGACUACUUCAUGACUCAUGGAUACGUGCAUAUUGAUACUCCCGUGUUUACCACAAACGAUUGUGAAGGUGCAGGAGAAACGUUUACUAUCAGUGAUUCAUCUUCAAAGGAGGAUUUCUUCGCGAGGGAGAACACAUUUCUAUCUGUGAGUAGCCAACUACAUCUGGAAGCUAUGGUGAGUGGUAUUUCUCACGUCUAUUCAUUGAGCACUGGAUGCAGAGCUGAUAAACAACAAAGCAGGAACCACCUGUCAGAAUUCAGGAUGUUGGAGGCUGAAAUCGCAUUUUGCAACAACCUGAAUGAGUUGAUGGUUGUUCCUGAAGAUUUCUUACGACACUGCAUUCGUAAUCUGCUCAAUACUCCAGAUAUGGUGGAAGAUUUCGAGUCUUUGGGUGCAUUUUCGUCAAUGACUCAUCUCUCCGUUUUGCAAGCUAUUGUGGACAGUCCGGCAUUCCCUCGACUCACGUACGCUGAAGCGUUGAGGCUGCUUUCGGACAAAAAACAGAAGUUGACAGGAAAGGGAUUAAGCAAGAUCAAUGAAGCUUUCCUGGUAAAAUACCACAACUCACCUGUGUUUGUUACCCAUUUCCCUUCGGAUCAGAAACCAUUCUACAUGCUACGUUCGUCAAAUGGAGAAAUGACUGAAUCUUUUGAUCUUCUUUGCCCUGGUGUUUGUGAACUCGCCGGAGGAUCUAUCCGUGAACCAUCCGCUGAAACAUUACGGAGGAAGAACUCAUCCGCAGAGUGGUAUGCGGAGAUUCGAGAACGAGGAAAGCCCAUAUCAGGAGGUUUUGUAGAAAUUGAGAGUGUUUCCGAGAGUAAGCUCUCCUUAACUCCAACCACUCUCUUCGCAUGCAUCGCGGAGAAGGUCGGAGAAUUUCACGGAGAUUUUGGAUUUGCAUUCGUCAAGAGUGGAUUAGCGGUCAAAGUGGUUGACGGAGACGUUGCACUUAUCCGAGUUGAGUCAUCAAGCGAGAAAUUUGUCACUACCGUCUUGCCUUUUAUUACCACUGUAGCUGGAUUUGAAGUCACGAUGCGUUCUCUUUUCAUUGGUCGAAGCAUCCGAGCUUGUGAAAAGUUUCUUAUUCGAUAUAGAAGAAAUGAACUUCAUAGCCUUCUUAGACACGCAGAAACUGGCAUUGAGAAAAAAACGAUUUUGAAAGCUCUGAACUCUGUGUCUGGAAAGCUCAGCGAGUAG